AUGACCGGUAAUGCUAUAGCAUCAAGCAUCCUUGAUAAGCUAGCACAUUUGGGUCUUGACUGCUCAMAUCUACGUGGACAAGGAUACGAUGGGAGUGGAUCUAUGGCAGGAGUGAGGAAAUGCGCUAGCAGUAUAAUACUUGAGAAGUAUCCAUUGGCAACGUACGUCCACUGCUGCAGUCACAUACUAAAUCUGGCUGUUGCAAGCUCAUGUUCUGAAGCUCUUGUACGUAACAUGAUGGGCAGCGUUAGCGAAGUAUACAAAUUUUUUGAGCAUGGCAAGAGGCAAGACAAAUUAAAUGAAGUAAUUGAAUCUGAAUAUUCUGAUUCUAAGACGAAACGGGUCAAAGGACUUUGCAGAACCAGAUGGGUUGAAAGGCAUGACGCUCUAGCAGUAUUUAUGGAGCUAUAUCCURCCAUAGUUCAAGCUUUGCAUGACAUCGCCAACCGUGAGGAUUCAGGGUCUUGGAACAAAGACACAACAACUGAUGCAAAUGGUUUGCUUGCUGCUGUAGAAAGGUUCUCUUUUCAAGUAACGCUGGUUGUGGUCUUCCAUGUGCUUAGCUACAUAAAGGGUUUAACUGUGCUACUUCAGCAACGAUCCCUAGACAUUGUUGAGAGAGUAGAAAUGAUUCAAGAUGUGCAAGAGUCAUUGGAAGAAGUUCGGGAGGAUAUUAAUGAAUGCCACCAAGUUUGGUUUCAAAUGACAAUGGAUGUAGCAGAAGAGGCAGGUACAGAAAUGCCUUCAAUUCCACGCAGAUGCAAGAGACAAAAACAUCGUGAUAAUGUUGAAGCCGAACAGCCAGAUGUCUAUUAUAGAAGAGCAGUGACGAUUCCGUUUUUGGAUCAUCUAAUACAGGAACUGAAGGAUAGGUUSUCUGCUAACGCAUGCAAAGGUGRCAACUCUUGGGCUUUGUCUAGUCCCGAGUGUCAUCUUCCGAAAAGACGACUGUCAAAUGAUCUACCCGAUAGCCCAAUCAGUGCUCUAAAUAACUGCGACAAAAGGCUUUUUCCCAAUGCAUUUACAUUGUUGCAAAUACUUGCAACAAUUCCUGUCACAAGUUGUGAARCCGAGAGGACAUUUUCUGCUUUAAGGCGAAUUAAGCCCUUCCUGAGAACAACCAUGAAAGAGGACAGGCUUAACGGGCUCACUAUGCUGUACAUACAUAGAAACAUUCCAGUUGACUUAAAUGAGGCCGUUGAACGUUUUGCAAGAAAGCAGCCAAGAAAGCUUCUCUUAUUAUAA